AUGUCCGCCUCCAUGACCGUCCCCGACUUCGAUGACCUCCCAAAGGUGGAGGGUAUGCCUCAGGGAUGCGCAUGGGGCGUAUUCGACAAGGACGGGAAGAAAGACGUGUUAGGCACGCUGAACCUGUUGACGCCUGAUGUUGUCAAGGCUGCGGUGGCGGAGGUGAAGGAGGGUGUAUCCGUGUCUCUGAACUGGCCAAUUGGUGCUAUCAAGACUCCCGGCUUCUUUCGGAAGGGGCUGGUACACAAGGUCAUGAGCUUCAUCGAUUCACCCUUGGCGGCGCAUGGCUUUGAUGAUGAGAUUGAGUUCAACACGCAGUGCAGCAGUCAGUGGGAUAGCCUGUGUCAUUUCAACCACCAGCCCACCGGUCUAGCGUACAAUGGCAUCAAAGCAACCGUCGAGAAGCUUGUGCAAGAGUUUGGUAACGAGGACAGGGAGAAGCUCCUUCCCACUUUAAACCACUGGCACGAUCGCGGCGGUCUAGUCGGUCGUGGCGUCCUGAUCGACUACAAGUCCUACGCCGACGCAAACGGCAUUUCCUACGAUCCAUUCUCCGACCACCGCAUUACCGUGGAAGACAUAGAGACCAUAGCGAAGUCACAGGGAGUUGAGUUUCGGCAAGGCGAUAUCAUCAUCGUCCGUUCUGGCUUUACCGAGGCGCUCGGGGCAAUGAACGCGGAGGAGCAGGAUAAAGCGCUCGGAACACAUCGGACGUGCGGCGUAGAAGGUACCGACGAGUCGGCGAGGUGGUUCUGGGAUAAGCACUUCGCAGCUGUUGCGGGUGAUGCGCUUGCCUUUGAGGCUAUACCGCCCAUAAUCGAUGGGAAGGAAGAGACUGUUGCUAAGCUUGUACUUCACCAGUGGUUCCUUAGUCUUUUUGGUCUUCCGAUUGGUGAACUGUGGGACCUUAAAGCACUAUCCGAACAGUGCGCGAAGUCGAAACGGUAUUCGUUCCUCCUCACCUCCAGUCCGCUGAAUGUUCCUGGUGCUAUCGGCUCCCCGCCAAACGCGCUGGCAAUUUUCUGA